UACUGAAGCAACACGUUCCUGUUUUCCCCGCCCUCUGCAUGUGGAAAGUGAAUUGUCUGGGCGCUGGAAAAUGACGUUUCCAGGAAACAACGUCGUUCAUAAUUUGCAAAAGGGAGUAGUAUACAGCGCAGUAAGCUUGCCACGGCAAAAGACUGAGAAAGAGAUUUUUGACUAAUAAAUACAAAAAAGUAAAAAGAAAAAAAAAACAUAACUUAAAAUGCUAACAAGAAACGCAGUUGGAAUGGAACGGCAUUGUAUUUAAAUACAGACAAUUGCUACGUUGCUGUGGAAACUUUCAUUACACAUUGGAUAAACUUAAAAAAAAACAACAACAACAAAACAAACAAACAAACCUAAAAAACAGGUGACAAUUGUUUUUUUUUUAGCUCUGCUUUUUAAACCCCAAAAGGAUACAGAAAACAGUAGCUGCACUGUGUCUGUUAACCUUGCCUUUUUUUUUUAAUCUUGUAUGCAUUACCGGGAACGUCUUGCGACUCGGAAAAGUGUGCUGUUAUGUCUGAUUCGGCUGUGAGCUGUGGUUCGGUAGUCUCGGACCCAAAACAUUCGUGCAAGGUGCUCCGGGCCCUCCGUUCAUUCCGGGAGGAAAAUUGUUUCCAAGAUGCGGUACUUGUUCUUGAUGGAGAAGAGAUUCCGGUCCAGAAAAACAUCUUGGCAGCCGCCAGCCCUUACAUAAGAACUAAAUUGAAUUACAACCCUCCGAAGGAAGAUGGCUCUGUGUAUAGGAUUGAGCUUCAGGGGAUCUCUGUCAGUGUGAUGAAUGAGCUUCUGGACUACAUCUUCUCUGGCGAGAUCCGACUCAGUGAAGAGACCAUCCAGGACAUCGUGCAGGCAGCAGACCUGCUGCUCCUCACUGACCUCAAGACCCUGUGCUGCGAGUUCCUGGAGGGCUGCAUCGUGGCAGAGAACUGCAUCGGGAUCCGUCAGUUUGCACUGCACUACUGCCUUCAUCACGUGCACUACCUGGCCACGGAGUUCCUGGAGACGCACUUCCGGGAUGUGAGCAGCACCGAGGAGUUCCUGGAGCUGAGCCCAGAGAGACUCAAAGAGAUCAUCGCCUUGGAGAAACUCAACGUGGGCAAUGAGAAGUACAUCUUCGAAGCAGUGGUCAGGUGGAUAUCGGACGAUGUGGAUGCCAGGAGGGUGUUCAUGAAAGAUGUGAUGUCAGAGGUGUGGGUGCACGGUUUGGACUCGACCUACCUGCGAGAUCAGAUGAUGGCUGACCCUUUGGUGCGAGACAUCAUCCGGGAGUGUAACAACAUCCCCCUGAGCCCAACACAGCACGGAGAGAACCAGCUCGCCACCUUCAAGCCCCGCGGCUACUCCGAGUGCAUCAUCACACUGGGAGGGGAGGAGAGGGCCACUCGCAAGCCAUCUAAAGUCAUGCGCUGCAUGUGCCCGCUGUAUGAUCCAAACAGACAGCUCUGGAUAGAGCUGAUGCCCAUGAGCAUUGCAAGGUUCAGCCAUGGAGUGCUGGCUGCAGAGGGCUUACUGUUUGUGGUUGGAGGAUUGGAUGAAAAUAAAACUUCUCUCAACUCAGGGGAAAAGUAUGACCCUGAUACCAACACCUGGAGUGCCAUUUCACCUAUGCUUGAGGCCAGGCAUAACUUUGGGAUAGUGGAGAUUGACGGAUUGAUUUACGUCCUGGGAGGGGAGGAUGGAGAGAAAGAGAUGGUCUCAAUAGAGGUGUACGACAUCCACACCAACGUCUGGAAGACUCAGUCUGACAUGACCAUGGUUCGAAAGAUUGGAUGUUAUGCAACCAUGAACAAGAAGAUCUAUGCAAUGGGUGGAGGCUCUUAUGGGAAGCUCUAUGAAUCGGUGGAGUGCUAUGACCCAAAGACGCAGCAGUGGACAGCUAUCUGCCCUCUGAAGGAAAGGAGAUUUGGAGCCGUAGCCUGUGGUGUGGGACAGGAGCUUUAUGUGUUUGGAGGGGUACGCAGCCGGGAGACAGACCACCCCCAAACUACUGAGAUGUUGACCUGCAAAUCUGAGUUCUACCAUGAUGAAUACAAAAGAUGGAUGUAUUUGGACGACCAGAACCUUUGCAUUCCUACCAGCUCCUCUUUUGUAUAUGGGGCUGUACCGAUCGGGGCCAGUAUCUAUGUAGUUGGUGAUCUAGACACGGGUACCAGCUAUGAUUAUGUGCGGGAGUUCCGGAGAAGCACAGGGACCUGGCACCGAACCAAACCUUUGCUGCCCUCUGACCUGCGACGCACCGGCUGUGCUGCGCUCCGCAUUGCCAACUGCAAGCUCUUCCGUCUCCAGCUGCAGCAGGGCCUGUUCCGAAUCCGGGUCCCAUCGUAAGACCCCCGCCCUGCAUCUCGGAGGAGAACCACUGCAGAACAGACCACAAUGCAAGGCAUCCACACCAGUUGUACUCCUAAAUGCUUUGCUUUGGUAUGUUAACAGAGAAAUCGGCAGGGACUGUGGGGAAUGCCUGAAUCUUAACUGAUGUUACAAGUCAUUUCUAAUCCUGCAUUUGGGAAUAGGACUUGUUUGUAAACUAAGACACUUAUUUUUUUAGCAAGCAUCAUUUUUUUUUUUUUUAAUUAUUAUUAUUAUUAUUACUUUUUUUAAUUCUAACAUGCGGAUAUUUAUAUUUUAAGUGGUUCACUAAGACUUUGUUGCCUUUUCUGAAUCUUUUUCAUACUGCCUGAGGCUAGGGUUGCACCUAUGCUCCAGGAGUAGUUUGGCUUUUACUCCUUACUGAAUUCAUCUGUGUGGUUUGCAAAUUUUCUAACUGUUAUGCUUCGAAUUAUUUUUGGCUUGCAAAUGUUUAGCCUUGAACAGGCUUGGCACAGGUUACUGGUGUGGUUUUCAAAGUGUUUUCUUAAGUGUUAAACUUUGUUCUUGGAGAUCGUAUUCUCAUGUAAAGUAAUAGCAGCAAACAAAAUCGGUCCAUGAAUUUCCUCCGCCAUGCACUUCCGUUUACAUGUGCAGUUUUGAAAGAAACACAACAUUUUCAUUUCAAAACAUGAUGUCUGGUACAGCACUAGGUCAAGAAGUCUGUUUGCAAAAGUGGAGUCAGCGGUAUGUCAGUUUUUAAAAUGAAAAUACAUGUUUCUUUAAAAACUGCAUAUUUCAGAUCUAUGUAGCUAAUGGAAGUGCAAAAUGUGUAAGAUUAUAAACUAUCACUACUCAGCCGCUGAACUUGGUUAAUAGCUGUAGGACAUGGUAUUGGUUAUAUAUGGUUGUAAAGCAAUCAUUACAAUACGUCCUAACAUACAUGUGGGUCCAGAUGUACUAAUAUGCAAAGUUUUAACUUUUUUUCAAAACUAGAAAAAACACUGAGUUUAAAUUAAACCAUUUAUAUAUUUUUUUUUAUUUUGCAUAUUUGGGAUGCAUUUUUUUUUUUUCUUGAUUUUGGAAUAGGAAGAUAUCCAUGAUUAUACUAAAUGGAAGGGCCUGGAAGGUAUAUGCCAUUGUUGUAUUCUCUACAAGUAUAAUAUUUAAGGAUGAAAACAUACUGUUGCAAAAAAAUAUAUACUAAAUAAAGACAUCAUUAAAAAAUAAAAUAGAAAUACACACAAAAUAAAACUUACAAAUGGUACUUUCAUACAAUACUGGAGUUUAAGCUUAACAAGUGUCCCAUUGUUUCUGAUAGUUUGUCUUUGCAAAGUUACAGUAUUGCAAAUGUACCAAACAAAUACAAUGUUUACAGUUGAAGAAUGUGUAAAUACUGGUGUAGGCUGUAAAGAUAAAAAAAAAAAAAAAAAUUCAAUGAGAUAGAAUAAAACAGGUAUACUCAAAGAAAUGAACUCCAGCUGCUUGUACUCUGUCAACAAGAUUGGUAGCUAAAUAGUUUAAAAUCUAACUCCGCAGUCAUUGAUAGAGGAGAUGAAAUACUUCAUGAACCUCGACAGACCUCGGUGCUUAUCUGCUUCUACUGGGAUACAGCACUUUGCCAGAGACAUUAUUGAGAAGCUGAAUUUAGAAACAUUUGAAGAAUGACAUUCGGGGAACAAGUUUAGUAAAAGUAAAAAUUGUAUAUUUCAGGAUCCUGCUGCAAAGCUUAGACUAUGCAGGUUGAUGGCUGUACUGUAAUAUAUUACUGUUGAUUCACAAGUGUGCAUUUAAUGCAUUUGUUUGUUUAAUUUAUAUUUGCAUUUUAAACUUACUAAAACAUGAACACCUGGACAAUCUUGAAUGAUGAGAAAACGGCAUUUUGAUCAUUUGUAUAUGCUAGCCUAGAUUUAAAUUACAAUAAAUAAUACAAUGGAGCUCUCCAGUUGGCACAACAAUAGUUUUGUUUUAAGUUAAGUAAAAAAAAAAUCCUUAACUUCAAAACGCUAAUCGGAAUGAAAAAAACUAUAAUAAAGUAAGUCACAAGUAGUUGAGUGUUUCAACUAGUACCUUCUUCAGUGUCUAUUUGGCUUAAUUUCUGAAUUAAACUGUUUUUACAAUAGAAAAUAAAACCGGCAAUACUUGUUUGUGUAUUUUGCACAUAGAAGUUAGGCAGUCCCUUUUAAUAUCGCUUCAAAGGGACUGCAAAAGUGGUGGCAAAACUGAGUUAACUUUAACCAUUAAUCUGGUAAAUGUAAGCAUUUAAAAUACAAAAGAAGCAUUGGUACAACAAUCAUUUUGCUAUGGAACUAUUAUAUCCUGGGCUGAAUAUUUCAACUAGGCAUGUAACAAUUCAUCAUGUACACCCUGUGCAUUCUUUAAGUGAUAUAUCGCAUUGUGGUAUGUAUUGUGAUACAACGUGGCAACAUGCAAACUCAAGAGCCCUUGCAUUGAGUCCUGCUAUGUUCCCUAUUGUGAUUUUGAAUAUUGCAAAGGCUGGACUUAUGUUUUUGUUUUGAUUUUGUUAGCACUGGACAAUCCAUGGAAAGUGGGAGGCAGAAAUGUGUAAAAUCUGAAAAACUCAGGGCUUGGAUUUUGCCUAAAAGGGUAACACUCCAAAGAGAACUAAAACAAGCUGCAUAAAUGAACAAACAAUAAAUGUCCCUUUUGAAAAAACAUGUCCCAUGAUAGAUGCGCUACGGGGAUUUGAAAGCCAUUCAAAUGUUUGGAAUGCUUUAGAAAAAAAUCAUUCAUUGUCUGCUGUGUAGUUUUGACUAUUUUUAAAUUGCCCCGAACCAGGUGACCUUAACUGGAUGCUGCUCCUAAACUGUGCGAGAAGGUGAAGGGUUAGGCUGACACGACUGGGUAACAGCUGGAACUCCUGCUAAUGUUUUUGUUUUGUUUGUUCAGUUUUUGGCGCAGUGUUUGUUUUUUUUAUCUACAUGGUUGUCUUUGCAAACUGCGUUGUUCAGUUUGAGACUUUGCCAAAAUCUAGCAAGGAUUAUUCUUUUUUUUUUCCCCUCCUCUUCUCUCAAUAGACGUAGAGAAGACAGUGACCAGGGUGCGUAGAUACAAAAGCAGCCGAUUGUUUGUUUUGUUUUACAUUGGGUGAAGAAAAUGAUCAAAAAGCGAGAAUGUUUUCCAAAAGCACUGUGUUAGAGAUGCAGGUUUCCCUGACACAGGAUUGCAUGCUGGUUUUAAGGUUUGUGGUCUUGCUAAAGGGGGCCGAGCACAAGUGACGGUUCGGGACCAACCAGAGUUACAGGAAAUGCUGCUUGCUUACUGUGUGUGGUUUAAAUAAAUAAAUAAAUAAAAAAUGAUAUCUAUCUAUAUCGAUAGAUAGGUAGGUAGAUUGAUAUAGGUUAACAGCAUAGCUUUUUUUGCUGUCCCUGGAUAGAACCCAACAGUAAAGCCUGAAGGCAGCUUACAACUGUAAUGUCAGACAGCUCUAUAGACAACCAAUAAAAAAAUAUUGAAACAGCUCUUGGCUGUUUGUGCAGCUGUUACCAGCUGUUGUUUUGAAUGCAUUUAUAGUCCCUUUUCUGUUGUGGAUCUCAAAUGGAGGGGAAAGGAUUAAUGAAAAAGUGGAGUGUGUUCCCUAAAUUUGGGGGGAGGGGAGAGCUGCCCUGUAUUUUUUUAUCCUUUCGUAUUCUGUUUUAGAGAAGCCCACAGUUAUUAGGAGAAGGAACUUUCCGCAAACUGCAGGAAAUGUGUGCAGUUUUCAGCAGAGCCAAGACGCUUGCACAGCAUGUUGCAUGAGGGAAUUCACCCGUCCUUUCCAGAGGUCAGGAGUUAAUUUCAGAUCCCAGCUCUGCGUUGCCUCUUGUGCUUUAGACAGGAGCUGGACUAAAGCCUCCACGGAUUGUGCUACCUUGCUUGCCAAAAUACCAAGCAUCGUUUUUAGGGAUACAAUUUAGCAACCUUAAAUUUUGAGAGUUCUCUCUGUGUUGUUUAUUAGGACCCAUCUACUUUCUUGGAUUUGGCCUUCCUCAAAUUAGGUUCAUCAUGUGAUGAUCCCUACAGCACUAUAAAUCGCCAUAGUUUAUUUAAGCAGUAAUACACCCAUCCACCAUGGCAGAACUCCAGCAUCUUCCACGGGCCCCACUAUCCCUGGGUCUGAUGAACUUGAACGACAUUCUGCCAACCUCAAAUUUGCACCAAUUUCUUGAAAUAUUUCUUGAAAUAUUAAUGACUGAAUAGAUUAAUAGAUUAACGUCCCUCAACUUCCAGCACUCGAGUCAAGUGUGUGAUCAUGGCAAACGCUGGCCAAACCUGAUAUUUAGGUAGAAGUCUCAAUACAGUGUGGUGCAUGUUGUAUGUCCCCCAUCUAACUAUAAAGUAUAAAAGCACAUUUUAAUUUGCACCUGAGUGGGAUGUGAAUGGAGAAAGUUUCUUUUGAUGAUUUCCUAAAUGCAUAAUGUGUGCCUGUUUGCUUUCACUAAUAUUAUUAAAUCUUAAAAUGUGGGCCAUGAAAUUUCGUUUAGAUGAUAACAAAAAGAAGAGAUCAGAGGAAGCUUAAGGUCAGGAGAACAGGACCGGUGUCAAGAGUGAUUUCCUGCUGGGGUAUCGACAGGCACUGGCAGCAGCGAAUACUCUGAAUACUUAUUCAAAGACAAAAAGAUGUUCAGUUUCCACAUGUUUCUGAAAGAUGAGUACACUGCUGUUCAUCUUGUGUCCUUUUACACCAGCAUUACUAAAUGUUUAAAAAUGAUGACAAUCGGGAAGAAAAGAUAACUUUGAUUGCACGUUGUGGAGUCAAAUGUUUAUUAACGGGAUUUGCAGGCGUGCGUCAACACUACGCACUGAUGCGUCUUAAAUGAAACAGGCCAAGAGAAAGCAGAAUAGUGUGCCAUACUGUUUAUAUUUGAACCACAUUACCACAUUUAGCAUAUCUGUACUGAAAUUGCUUAUAUUCUUUUUUUUAAUUCUACUCUUGCUGGGGAUAUAGGGGAGGCGCCCAGAAGUAUAGUAUGUUCGUGGUGAAACUUGGUUGAACUUGGUCUUAAGAAAUUGUCGGAGUAUCGGAGUCACUAUAAUGUAUAGUGUAUGGAGACAAUAUAAGGACAUGCCUUUUAAACUUUAAGUUUAAACUUUAAAAAUGAAGUAUAGUAUUGAAAGGAUCAGGAGCCAGGAGUUUGAUGUUGAAUACAUUGUUCUUCCCUUAUUGCUCCAUGAACAACUCCUAUUAGUAAACCUACAGGUUCCAUAAAGCCAAAUUUAUUACACAGUUGCACAAAAGCAUGUGCAAGUGUUUUUCAUAAGUGGUAUAUUAGGUACUAUUAAUAGAUCAGUUUUAACUUUAUAUUAUAUAUAGAUAGAUAGAUCUCUCUCUCUCUCUCUAUAGAUAUAGAUAUAGAUAUAGAUAUAGAUAUAUCUAUCUAUCUAUUUAUUUAUCUAUCCAUCAUCUACUGACUGAAUUUAGCUUUCCUCAGUCCUUCUGUAAAAGUUAUUCAGUUUUGUAAAUUUAAUUGUACAAAAUUGAUGGUACCUCUGUUUCUUUCCUAAUUUUUAAGAUAUAGAUACAAAAAUAAUUCAGGACUGAAGGUAUUAAACCCUUUGGCCAGAGAUUCUAACUGAGCGUUGCUAUGCAAUCUGUAGCACAGUACAAAUCAACCUCUUUCACUGAGAACUGUAAGUGUCCUUAACUUGAAAUGUAAGCUACUCCUAGUCCUAGCCUCUGAAGAUAUUCCAUAUUGAAUUGUGCAUUGGUACUAUAGCUCAUUGAAUACAGUUUAUUGAUGCAGAAAUGAUAAAGAACAAUUGAAUAAACAUAGGUUUUUUGUUUUGUUUCUUCAAUCCAUUGUUUUUCAUAAACACUUUACUUUUUUGUCUUUAGUACUUGAUGAUGUUUAACACUUUUUUUUUUUAAAUAGUACAGUAACACUAGUACAUAAUUCUCUUAUUUUUCUGACACUUUGUUGUUCGUUGUUGUAAUGUUAAUACUGAAGUGUGGGGAGGUUUUAUACCUGUUGGAAGUCACAGUGGUGCACAUUUAUUAUCUGUAUUCUCUGUAUACUUUGUGUCACUGAUUGUGUGUAUCAUCUUCGAAAGGUGUUUAGUAAACCCAGAAACUAUAUUUCAUCAUUGUAUUUCUUGUGUUUCUGUAGGAUAAUAAGACCAUUAUCCUUACCCUGUUGACUGCUCCACCUAUACAACCUGUUGAAGUACUGGCUUAUCAAAAACAUCUGUAAUGGAGCUGCAAAGAAAGAAAAUAAAAAAGGCUUUUUUGAACUGCAGUUAGUGUGUUUAAAACAACACCAGGUAUUCCUAAUGAAGUACUGGUGGGGGGUACAUUAGGUGCUUUCUUUCUCAAAUAUUUUAGAAUGUGUGUGCAAUAACAAAUACAUAACUGCGUGGCCACUUUAUUAGGACCUGUGCAUGUUACCUUGGGUCCCUUUAUUCCUCUCAAAUGCCGUAGUUUGCAUAAACAUUGUUGCAGAUUAUUUCCACCCAUUAAUACUGCACUUGUACCCUGAUGACGAUGCACCCAUCCACCGUGCCAGAAAUGUGCGCAAAUGGUUUGAGAUGGCUUUAGGCAUCUCAAUCCAAUUGAGCAUGCCUGGGACGAACUUGAGACGCAUUCCUCAUUGUGAUCCUAUGCUCAAUUAUGUGACUAAAUGUAUUAACAGGCCUUGUGACACCUUCCAGCCCCUUGUGGAGUCUGACGACACAUGUCAAGCUUGUGACGAGGGCAGAUCUGAAAUUAGGUACAGGUCUUAGUGGCCAGGCAGUGUACAGUAAGUGAGCAAGGUAAUAUAGAUACCGUCUACAACAUUAUGAUACAAAGGGGAAGUAUACAAAUAGGUUACCCUUUCAAAUCACACCUAAUAUAUCACAGGAAUAAUAUUGACCUUUGUAAAAUAAACAUAUUUGUCAAUAUAAAGCGUUAGACAUUUUUAUUAGCCUUCAUAUGCAUAUCAUAUUCAGAUGAGGAUAAAGAUGACAUAUAUUGCUGGAAAGCAUUUUACCUUUCUACAGGUACGUUCAGACUAAAAUUGUAUUGUGAUUUUAAUAAUUGUAAUAUUGACAAUAGUGAAAUAGGGCAAUCUUGUACAAAGCACUAGGGUAUAUACAAAAAUGAAAUGCCUGUUUUUGCUAAUUUAAAGGUUUUUGUUUUUAUUGUGAGUGCCACAUUUGAAGAACUUUGGAAUGUUUCGUAUUAUGAGAUGAAUAGUAAAGGAUGAUUUUAAAGAUGGGCACUCAUAUUAAGAAAUGGGAUGCAAAGUAGGAUAAUGUUCUUUUAAAAUUAGAAAAUAACACUUGAGCUACAUAUGAUUCAAUACACAUGGAAAAACAUAACUGGCAAAAGACCAGUUAAUUUCUGUAAAUAAACCCUAUAGUAGUUCCAUUAAAGGUGAAACAACUAUGGUAAUGAUCUCAUUUUUGGCUGUUGCUUGUGGUCAAAUUUCCCUUUGUUCAGACCUGUGUCCUUUUUAAUGCACUUCUAAAUCAAUGGAAGACACACUGAAGUUACCAAUUUUCUGUUCCAAAAGUCAGCCUUUUCUUUACAGCUCCAACUAAGCAAGUAUGAAAAUGGGACUAACUAACUUUGACCAAAUAAAAUGUUUUGUGAAAGUCA